GGCAGGGGGUUGGAGCUGGAGGAGCUUUGAGGUCCCUUCAUCCCAAACCAUCCCAUGACGAUUCUAUGAACCUCUUCCUUUACCCUCCCCUGGGGAGGUGCCCGUGGUGAGGAGCAAACGGCAGGAGGUAAGGACAGGGAUGGGUGUCCCCCUCCCCUGUGCUUUAGGAGCACUGAAACUCACCUGGGCCAGACCUCAGGACACUGGGCCCUUUCCCAGCAGUGCUCUGGCCAUGGGGUGGGUAUUGGUGGUCAGGGAGGACCCCACACCAUGGGCAUGGGGACUGCUUUGGGGUGAGUGGCUCAGGACAGGCUCAGAUGCCCUCAGCGUUGUUCUCUGCCUUCAGCCCCCUCUGCAAUGCCAGGGAGAUGCUCCAGCAGCAUCCGGCUGCCCCACGGGAUGCGGCCCAGGCUGGGUGGAUGCCUUCCCCCCAGCCGGUGCUACCCCAGCUGCAUCCUGGUGCCUGACCCCACAGGAGGGUGGUCUGGAUGAUGCUGAUUCUGCUUUUGGGAUCAAGGUGAGGAGGAGGAUGAUGAUGGGGGUCUUGGCACGGGGGCCUGUGGCUCCAUUCCCUUGCAAUGGCCUCGCUGUCCCUGAAUCACCUGGAGAAGGGGAAGGCUCCCAACCACCCAACAAAGACAACUGAGGCGUGGAUCCAGGUGUGUGCUGCUCCUGGCAAGGGUUCAUGCAGCCAGUUUUGGGCCCGAGGCUCUGGACCUGAGCGCUGUGAUGCUCUGGAUGCUCUCCAAGCCCUGUGUCCCUGGGCACCGAAGGACGGGGAGCUCUUGGGUAGGUGCAGGAUGACAGGGGCACGGCGCAGCCCCUGCUGUCAGCUGGUGCAGCGGGUGAGGAGCUCUUGUUCCAGGGAAGCUGCUGCCCCCUGCCCUGCUCCACAUCUCCCGCAGCAUCGUGGGGCUCAGCCUGGGCAAGCCACUGGGGAGCAGCCACCUCUUCCCAUGGAGACCAAACGCACGGGACCCAUGAACCAGCACCCACCAGGUCUCCACAGGAGACAGCAAGGUCUGGAUGUCACAGCAGGGAUGUGGAUGGCAGCACGAUCCCCACAAGCCUGUUUUGUCCCAACCUUCCUGGAGAGCUGGAUCCCACGCUGGGCAUCCAUAGGGAUGUGCAGGGUUUCCUCUGACUGGUUUGCAUUGAAUAGAACCUCUGAAGUAGGGAAUCUUGUGUGUGGUGGAGACAGGGCACAGGCCACCCAGUCCUCCCAGUGGGAAGCUCAGUUUGGGGACAGACUGGCUGGUUUGGGAUGGAGGGACCCAAGCAGGGGGCUGGUGCUCACUGGGAGGCUCUGGAUGCUGCUGUGCCCAUAGCGUGCUGCUUCUCUGCACUUAUCAUCUCCAUGCCUGCUUCCCAGCCCCUUGUGCCAUGCAGCAGCAGCUCAUCCCAGGAUGGGAGGGCUCCUGCACCAUCUCCCUGUGCCGCAAGGCGCCGGCCUGCCCUCCAAUCCCCUGUAUUUGACUGUAAAACUGUAUUCCUUGU